GGCGGCGUCCCCCUAGAGCCCAGCUGGGCUGCACCCCCAGAAAAGCAAACUCCAAAAGGCGGCGAGAUGAAUUUUCCGAGGAAACCACGCUUCUUUUGUGUGGUCGAUGCAGGAGGAAGGUUGCCUCGAUGCCUCGCGCAUCUGGGGUCCUGCUUUUCUAGGUGGGGGACCCUCAUGGGUGUCCCCUUCCGGCACCGCAGCUCCCACAUAUUUGGGGGUUCCUCCCCUAGUUCCCCAGAAGCGUCUUCCACCAAGCAUGGCGUGGGACUGCCGGUGCCUGCGGGCAGCCGGCACGGGUAAAUCAUUAGCCAGGUUUUUGCCCCGGGAAGUGGCCUGUGUCUCCGCAGGGGAAACUCCAGCUGCCUUUGGUCCUCCAUGGAGGAGACGGCUCAGCCUGGCUCCGUGCACCCCAGUCCCUCGAAUCUGAGGGCUCCAAAGCCCCAGCUCCGUGCACCCCAAGGCCCCAGGAAGCAGCCGCAGCCAAUCGGGGCCGAAGCCGCCGCCCGGGGACCGGCCCGCCCGUGGCGGAGCGCGCGCUCCCGCCCGUCCCGCGCCGCCUUCCCGCUCAGGGCGCUUUCCGUGAGAGAGAAGACUCCCCGUGAGAAGGACCCCCGGGGCCGUGCUCGCUUCUGCUUUCUGACCCGCCCUUUGCUCGUGCCAAGGAUGCUCUGCCCGCUGCUUGCCCUGGGAGCGCUGGUGCUCAGCCUGGCAGGUGCCAUGGAGAUCCAGGUCCCGGAUGAACCCGUGGUGGCUCUUUUUGGCCGAGACGUCACCCUGCGCUGCUCCUUCUCCCCUGAGGCCAACUUCAGCCUCAACGACCUGAGCCUCAUCUGGCAGCUGACGGACACCAAACGCUUGGUCCACAGCUUCUCCGGUGGCCAGGACCAGCUGGCAGACCAGGGCGGGGGCUACGCCAACCGUACGGCCCUCUUCUACGACCAGCUGGCCCAGGGCAACGUCUCGCUGCUCCUGCGACGCGUGGAGAUCUCGGAUGAGGGCAGCUUCACCUGCUUCGUCCGGGUCCGGGACUACAGCAGCGCGGCCGUGACGUUGCAGGUGGCAGCUCCCUACUCCAAGCCUAAUAUGAACCUGGAGCCCAACAAGGACUUGAAGCCAGGAGAUCUGGCGGCCGUGACUUGCCACGCUUCCCGCGGCUACCCCGAGGCCAACGUCUUCUGGCAGGACAGCCGGGGCAGCAACAUCACUGAAAACGUCACCACGUCCCAGGUGGCCAACGAGGAAGGUCUCUUUGAUGUGCACAGCGUCCUCCAGGUGCUGGUGGAGCCCAGCAGCACCUACUCCUGCCUGGUGCGAAACCCGGUGCUGCAGCAGGAGACCCAAGCCUCCGUCACCAUCACAGGCCAACACCUCGCCUUCCCCGCCGUGGCUCUCUGGGUGACGGUUGGACUCGCCGUCUGCGUCGUGGUGCUGCUCGCCGUCCUGGCGUACGUGUGCCAGAAGAAAAUCCGCCAGAGCUGCGAGGAAGAGGAAGAAAACGCAGGGACGGAGGAGCAGGAUGAGGAGGGGGAAGAACCCAAGACAGCCCUGCAGCCGCUGAAGAGCGCGGAGAGCAACGACGAUAACGAACAAGAAAUUGAUUGACGGGAGCUGGGACACCCCCAAGCAGCGCCCUGUGCCUUGGACCAGCCGAGAUGUCCCCAGUGGGGACGAGCUCCGGGUCCCCUGGGAAGAGCACGGACCCGCUGCCACCCCUCGGCCCGCGCCCCGUCACCCUUCCUCCUUCCCCCGGCCACGUCUUCGGGGCGCCCUGGGGCGGGAGACACGCUGCGUCUCUUCAUCCCCGGCGAGCCCUGAAGACCAGCGCAUCCUUCUCGGGGAGGAAGCUCCUCCUUGUCCGUCUGUCCAUCCCCGUGCUGGGCUGAGAGCAACCGGGGGUGACCGUUCCCCCACCCCGGCACCCUCCGGUGCCCUCUCCCCCGUGGUCGCAGCCGAGCCAGCCGCCUUCCAGGUGCCUUCCAGGGCAAAUUUCGGUGCCCUUUCCGAGCCCAGAGGCUUGGAGAGAAGCGAUGGGCUCAGCGAGGUCCCUGGGAGCGAUGGAUGGAGCCCCGGAGGCUCUGGGAAGACGGAUGGGACCUGCGGGACAGGAGGACAGCGUUGGUGCUCUCGAUCCCGAUGGAUUCGCUGCUCUGGGGGAACGUAUGGGGACAAUUAUUUUUUCACGUUGUAUCACUGUGGUUCCCACUGGACUUUUAUUUUUGCCUUAAAUGCAAAAUCCCAUCGGGGUGUUAAUUCCCUGCCUCAAAUUAACCCCGGGGGAUUUUUUUUUUGGGGGGCGGGGGGGGGAGAGCGUGAAAGGCAGGGCUUGGCGGGGGGGACACGACCUGCCGGCCAGGUGAAGCCCCCCUGUCCUCCCCGUGGUGACAAAGCUUUGGGGGUGAAGCACUGGUGGGGAUGAACCUGGCCGGUGCACGGGGUCGAGCCUUUGCGUUUCCCGUGGGAUCAGGGGUCUUUGCCCCCGCCCCCGUACGUGUCCUGGGGGCCCUCCCUCCGCUGCUGGGUACUUAUAGGGUGCGUGGGGGGGCACCCAAGGUGAACAGGGUGGCGUGUCCUUGGUCCUGCUCCGGUGGGUGGAGAAGUCCUGGCUGUGCCCUUCGAUGGCUCUUCUGCCGGUUUUCAUCUUUAUUUAAAAUCCAGAAUCUGAAGGGCAUUUUUGUGCCUUGAGAAAUAAAUUUGGGGGUUGUUUUGGACAGUGCUUUCCAGGCUCGGCAUCGUCUCUGGGAUGCAGCUUUGGCCGUGAAAAUUUGUUGUCCCCCUUUCAGCCCCCGGUCCCCUGCAGCCACUGCAGCACGUCGCGCCGUGCCGCCCUCAUCCGUCGCCCGGCGCGGGAGGAAAACCACUCCAGUGACGGAGAGAUGCCUGCCCUCAUCCCUCCUCUUUAUUUUAAUACCUCCAGCAGCAGAACGAAGAGCAAAAUCCCGAAGGGACGUCGUCAUCCGUCUGCGAUCGCUCCGAAAUUCAGGCUGCUUCAUCCCAUCCAUGGGACGCGAGUGGGGUCUGAUGGGGACCGGUGGGGAAGGGACUUUCCUAAAUCGCCCACGGAGGAUUAUUUUUAGCUCUCCUUCUCCGGGCACGAAGCCAGGCUCUGCAUUUCAAUAGAAAACUAUUUCUAAAAGCGAGACGAUGGAAAGCGCGCUGGUAUCGAACUCGGAUUAAGAAGGGGCUGGAUGGUGAUUUCGUUUCGGGGUUUUGAUCUACAGCCUGAAUUAAGCGCCGGCGCAAUUUUUAAUGAGGUGCCAGGAGGUACCAUUACUAUUAUUUAGCACCCAGACGCUGGGCUGGGGGAGCGAAACCAUUAACCACCCCCCCAGCUCCUUGUCGGGCAGCAGGAUGAGUUGUCCUCAGGUCCAGGACAUCUUUAAAGGUCCUGAGAUGGUGCCAGCAUCCUCAGGGAUGUCUCCUCCGGCUGGGAGCUUUCUGGGGCAUUUAUUCGAGCAGAUUUGAGGGUUGUUUUGGGUUGGUUUUUUUGGGUUUUUUUUGGCAAAUGCAGCCUGGAUCAUGCAGGGAAGGGAAAUCUGGAGGGUGGUGAGGAAGAAAAUGAGGAUUAAGCUGUGGCAGCCCGGGGCAAAUAUUACUUGGGUGGCUCAGGCUGAUGAGCUGUCCUGAAUUGUGAGCUCCAGCUCGGGACUGAGCCGCUCACGUCUGUCCCUGGGAGGAUGUGCUGUGCUUUGCCUUGGGAUGAAGAAGCCCAGGAGGAGCUUAGUUGUCCCCCUUGUCCCCAAGUGCCAUCCUGCUUUUGGGGCUGUCCAGGUGAUGGAUCUUUUUGGGGGAGGAACCCAUCUUCUUCAAGGUCUUAAUCCAACACGCCGGUUUAUGGGUGCUGCGGAUGAGACCCAGGCAGGGACGAGGUUGAUCGGUCGCGAUGCUGCGGCUCUGCAAUUUGGUUUUUUUUUUCCCAAAAGCCCCAACAUCCUUCUCCACCCGCUCCCGGAUAAUGGCAAACCUGGCAGCCAGGAAAGUAGGAUUUAACAGGGAUGCAGAGCGCAAAGGACCCAGCACCGAGAGCUUGGGUCCUUGGGUCCCCCUCAACAGAUUAAAAAACCCCAACAAAAAUCUUAUUUGGCAGGUUAUUUCAGAAAGUGCUGGGGCGAGUCUCUUCCCCAGCGCCGAUCGAUGCCGGCUUGAUUCUCCCCAUCAAUAAUAAAUAAAGGGCUCCUGCUUCUCCGAUUGACCUAAUUACGGAGGGAGGGGAGGAGAGAGGUGCUGAGCCUUGUUGCUCUCCACCGAGGACCGCACGG